UUCUCAGUCCCAUAUGUCAGAUCCAAAUCCAAAUGUGAAGAACUGGAGAGACUGUCUGGACCCAAAACUCCCAGUAUUUCAGAAAACAAAAAGUGAUACUGCACCUCAGAAUCCAUCAGGUGGGAAUUUUUAUGAUGAAGGCACCAGUGGUUCCCAGAAAGAGAUCUGGGAUGAUGUAGAAGACUUUCCAGAGCUGAAGGUGUGUGGUUACAAUCCCAAAAGAGAGCUGGAUUAUGGCACAUCCACUGAUAAAGCUGAGAAAUCAGAAGCAGGUACAUGUAAUCAGGUUACCAACAUCCCAGGGUUGACAGGAGCCAUGCUGGAUGGCAUGAGAAGACAGGUCAAGAGAAACACUACUGCACCAGGUGGUGGAAGUGCCAACUCACAAACAAUAUCAACAACAGACUGGUGUUCCACAUCCAAGAAGCCACCAGCUAACCAGGACUCUGCCUGUGAAAAAUCUGUACAAUACAAGUCAACUGCAGCAGAUGACACAAAUCCUCUCAUGUGUGGAAGCUCUACAAGAGACGUAGGAGGCCUUAGCAGUGCUGAUGGGCUGACAAACAUCGGACUAGAUGAACACCCACAUCCAGAAGACAAUGAAGAAGAGUGGACUCAGGUGGGUAAGAAAAAGAGGAAGGACACCUCAUCCACUGCUGUGCCGAAGUCGAAAAAGAAGGGUAAAGUAGGAGUCGCUGCCUCCAGACCUUACAUUCCAGGCAUGAAUUACGCUCCGAGGCCUGCACAGCAAAACAAGGCCAGCAACUUUGAGCGUCUUCUCAGCAUCCUUCAGCAGAGGUUUCCACAGCUCAACAGACCUGAGCUAAUUGAAGUGAUCCAGCAGGUACGCAGUAAGAAAGGCUCUCUGACUGGGCUCUCCAUGGAACAGAUAGUUGAGGAGUGCAGACCUUACAGCGAGCGCAAAAUUAACAUGAAAUCCAAGAGCCCUGUUCACAAACCAGCCAGUCACGACCUGACACCAAUCUCCCCGACUCCUGCAAACGAUGAAGAAGUAGAUAAUUGUGUGAUUUGCUUUGAUGACCUCUCCUUGGCUCCCGUUAAAACUCUGGAGUGUGGACACCAAUUCCAUGAAAAGUGUAUCAAGUGUUGGGUGUUCACUCGCGAGAGAACCUGUCCCACCUGUCGUCAACACGCCCUGUUUCCAGAGGAAUUCCCUAAACUAGGAAAAGACUGAUCUCCUGUCUGGAAAACUUGACCUGUCUGUCAGGAAAUGAAGGCUUAUUUGAUUAUAAGACGGGAGAUUAAUUUCGUGACCAGCUCACACUGCUGAGGAGAAAAUUGUCAGAAUCUUCACAAAUUAUGGUCUGAUUUUGGACUGUGUCAGUGUGUGAACAAAAUGCUGCCAGCAAGUACCAGUAUGGACAACUCCAGGAGGAGAAAAAGACCAAGAUGUAUAUGGUAGAAAUAAAAACAUGGCUUGUCAUGGAAUAGGUUGAUAUGUUGGAAGACAUAUACAGUAUAUGGGCUAGGUAAUAUAUGACCUUAAAAUCAGUUGGUUGAGAAAGUGUAUUCUGGUCAACUCUGAACUGUCUUUUAGAUGGUAUAUUUUUUGUCACGAAGUAACUGAAGCUUUUUACGCUUUGAUAUUUUUCUAUGGUUUUUUUUUUUUUUUCUCAUAACUAUCCUCCUUCCAUUCAGAGGGAAAAUGCAGGAGUUUAAUUUGUACUUGAGUGAUAUGAGAUUCAGUGAAUAUUCAUGAUUUAUGUUCAGGUUAUGCCAAGGUUUAUUGUCACAGUGAUAGAAGAGUAUACCCCAAAAGAAAAACCCAUUUGUGUGUUUGGGUACUUCUGUGUUACUUUUUGGUGUUUCUAAUCUUGUCAUUGAUCAUUUUUAUGUUAAUUGUGUGGUGCUGAAAACAUAUUUGACUGUAUUACAUGUACAUUUGUAUUGUUAUAUUGAAUUGCAGUAUCUUAUAUGCAGAUAAAAAGCAACAGCUAAUAAGCUGAAGGUAGUAAUUUUGUUUGGGAAAUAGGUUUGUCUGGAGAACAGUAUUUGCAGUUGCACUAAUAUACGGGUCUCCAGUUCGUGUUCACGGAACAGCAUUCAGCCAUUUAAGCUCAACCACAGUUAGUUCCAUUGACCGAGUGGAUGAAGAAUCAUGCUGAUUAGUAUGGAAGAUAUUGUGUGAAGACUGGCUUAAGCAAGUAGCCCAAGGACAUGUUACCGUAUUACCUUUAAAAAUGGCAGUCAUUUUGCAGCCAGAGUCCAGUAUUAGUAAAUUAAAGCAACAUUCCGCGACAGCACCUUGCUAGUGGUAAUCCUAAGAUUGGGUUAAAAAGCAGUUUAUUUUUUCAUUGAUACACCAAAUAAUCCAUUUACGUUACUCUGAGUACAUUAUGUGAAAAAAGGGGAAUUUGACCAUAUUGGGAUUUAGGUUUCGUUUACAAUUCAAAGACCUGCACGUUUCCAAGGAAAACUGAGGGCCCCCUGCAGUUAGUCGUGUCGUUUCCGUUUCUGAGUAAAUACCCGUGAAUGUCCAACUUAUGUACAUGUGUGCAGUUUGCAGGUGAUAAUUGAUACGGUCUCCAGGUAUGGAUUUCUACAGCCCACCACCUGUCAUCUUCUCAGACACGGAUUACAAAGAAGAAAACUUGACACACAAACUACAGUUUUGGUUUACGGCGUCAUGCACACUUCUUAAAUUAGUCGUAUUGUGUUCUAAUUAUUCUGCUUCUGCCCAAGGAAGUUUUCUUCACUUUUUUUUUGUCUUCCUUUUUGUGAUUUUUGUUCUAUUCUACUAUUGUUGCUGAAUAUGUAGUGUUUCAAAGUUGAUCAGGGCUAGUUCUCCAUUAUGUGCUCAUUUUAACGCCUUAGUUGAGAAAGCAUUACUUACAAAAUAGCAAAGGGGAUAUUUUCUUGUUCCGUAUCGAGUCAUGUGGUGAAGAGGUUACUUUAAAUAGUUCACCUGCGGUACAGCAAAAGGUGAUAGCAAUGCCGAUAUCUUCAACAUUUUUUACAGAUUAGUUUUUGGUCUGAAUAAUUGGGAUAAAAUAUUCAUG